UUGCACCGGUGUGGUUGAUCUGCAAACCGCCGUUUUACACCAUCAGAAGAAGAAGAAAGUUCCAGCCUCAGUUCAUUAGCUGAACUCGUCCAAAGGUAGCCCACCAUGCUAACCUUAGCUUGAGUAGAGAUAUUUGGCUGCUGAAGGAUUCCCUCACUUCGGCUGGAGAAAACUGAAGUUCAGAGAAGAUGAACAUCAGAGCUGGAAUGUACUGAAACCUCAGAACUUUCAGAACAACAACAAAAAUACAUCAUUAAAGGUCUGUAGCCGGUGUGGAAAUCUGUUUCCUCUGCAAAGAUCUUCAGAAUGCAACAGAAUAGUCACUCUGAGGUGAAACCAUGCAGCUGUGAGAAGUGUGGGGAAGAUUUCAUCUCUUUCACUGACCUAAAAAAACAUCAGCUGAUCCACAGUGGGGUUAAGGCAUUCACCUGUGAGACGUGUUCAGAGUCUUUCAGACUCAGAAGGGAUUUAAAGACUCAUGAACAAAUCCACAGUGGGAAUAAGUCAUACAGCUGUUAUGAUUGUGGAAAAAGCUUCCGCACAGAAAAACAAGUCACAGCCCACAGUGUUGUCCACACUGGAGAAAAACCUUUCAGAUGUGACCAGUGUGGAAAAACGUUCAGUCAUAAAUCAAGCAUUUAUUUCCAUAAGCGAACCCACUCAGGAGACCUAGAAAAGCAGCUCCCCUGUGAUCAGUGUGGAAAGACUUAUAGAAAUUCUCUAAACCUGAAUGCCCAUAAACGAUUACACACUAAACCACAACGAUACUCUUGCAAUGAGUGUGGGAAAACCUUUGCAAACCGUCUUCACUUUGGAGACCACCAGAUGGUUCACAGUGGAUUAAACCCCUACAGAUGUGACAAGUGUGGAAAAUGUUUCAUAGUAAGCACCUCUUUAAAGAAACAUCUCCUCCUCCACGUUGCUGAGAAGCCAUUUGUCUGCAAUGAGUGUGGAAAAGGUUUUAUUUUUAAGACUAACCUCAGAACUCAUCAGCUUCUCCAUGCUGGAGUUAAACCCCACAACUGUGAAGAAUGUGGAAAGUGUUUCACAACAAGACACAAGUUAAAAACCCAUCAGAGCUUUCAUGUUCAGGGGAGAUGCUUCAUCUGCGAACAGUGUGGGAAGGCUUUCCACACCAAAUCAAAUCUCACAAGACAUCAGAGGGUUCACACUGGAGUUAAAUCAUUUUGGUGUGGGGAGUGUGGAAAAUCAUUCAGUCAUGAAGGAAACUUAAAAAGACACAGCUUCCUCCACACUGACAGAAGGUUCUCCUGUGAUACAUGUGGGGGAACCUUCACUGAGUGGGACCAGCUGAAAGCACAUCAGAUCAUCCACAGGGGAGGAAGACCAUACUGCUGUGGUCUCUGUGGGAAACUCUUCAUCCGGAAAAUAUCCUUAGUGGCUCAUCACCGCAUUCACACUGGAGAUGAACCAUACAAAUGUGAGCAGUGUGGGAAAGUCUUCAGCCGAACUGACCGCCUCAGAGCCCACCAGAAGACCCACUCUGAGGAGAAACCAUACAGCUGUGAGCAGUGUGGGAAGACUUUCAAACUGUCCCGUUAUCUAAAACGACAUAAGAAGACUCACAGCAGCAAACCAGCAGUCUAGAGGACAUGGAGGAUUCACUGUGAGAAGCAGAGCAGCACAAAAGGAGCUGCUUCUCAGCCCAGUGAUGGUGGAGAACCAAACGGUUCUGGGAGAAACGUCAACGAAGAAAAAGCUUCAAAGUUCCAAAUGUGAGGUCAGUGAAGGCAACCUGAAGCUCAGCAGACUGAGGGGAAGGUUUCACUUUACCAGCUUCAGGAAACGUCCCUGAAGUCAUCCUGAACAUUCAAAACCUUCAGAUCAGACUUCAGAGUUCACAUUUCUAGUGUUAAUCCUCCUUUUCCAGCAAACCCUGACCUUUGACCUUUAAUGUCAUGUUACCAGGGAGCAUUCCCAUCAUUAUGCUUUCUUUAAAAAUCACUCAGCUGUUACUGACAUGUUUCAUAAUUAGAAGUUUCUGGUUCUCCCUGUUGAUGCCAUGUUUAGGUAGCUAGAGAGCUAACGGUAGCUAACACCAGAACUGGGUCAGCUGGUUCUGGAGGGGGGACCAACAGAACCAGCUUCAGAUUCAGCAGAGAUUAGUUACAAUGGCUGCUGAAACAGAAGAUUUUCCUCAUGGAGAACAUCUCUGAGUUUGUUAAUGCAGCUCAAAGCUCUUACUUUGAAAGGUCUGAAUCCCAUUUCUCGAUGCGUCCUCUGUACCUGUGUCCAUAUUGGUCUCUAUCUCUGUGUCCUUCACUCUAGUCCCAGACGCUUCAUUAGUGUCCAAAGUCCUGGCACAGAAGCAGAACUUGUGAAGGACCCGUAAAUGUUCUGGGAGCGGUCAUCAAGCAGCAGCAGAUCUCUGUUCACAUCGUUUUCUUCUGCUUAAGAUUCAAACAUGACCCAUCAGAAUCCAUGACAACUGACACAUCAGUGCUUUUGCUCUUCUUGAGACAAUCAAAUAUUUGACCAGUGAAAUUAAUCAGUUUCACAAUUGUCUAUGUUUGAGAAGAUCUGGCAAUGAAAUGAAAGAAUAUCAGACUAAACCUGGUUGUUUCUUGAUUUAGAAAUAUUUCAUUGAUUUCUCGUGGAUUUUAUACAUCAGAAUGAACAUCAUGUUGGGCUGAAAGCUCCGCCCACUUCCAUGUCUCAGUAAAUAGUGGACCUUCCCACUUCUUGCUAAUCCAGGGUAGAAAAUGGGAUUCAAACUUAAUCUGUGCUCCAGGGUCUGAGUUGAUGUCCCAGUUGGACUGUUGUUCUGGUCUCUUUGUGUUUCUGAGCUGCUUCCAGCUCCACGUUUGUGACGUUUGGAUCCUGUUAAUGGUUCUAAGUUCCGGAUGGUUGAAAAAUGUUCCCUAAUGUUGCAGAUGAUGAUGGAUAUGCUGCCACUGGCAGAAAAUGGACAGAACUGUUUGUGUCAUUUCCUGUUCAGCCACCAGAUGGAGCCUCUUACUGAGCAGAGUUUGGAAAUAUGCUCCUGAAAAUAUGUUGGUGAGGUUUUUUUUUUUUUCCGCUUUCAGCAUUUGUUUUAUUUCCCACCUGAACGGUUCAGUUUAUUCUUAUGAAAUGUUGAAAUAAAGAAAGUUGAACCUUC